UCCCCAGCUCUAAGCUUUACAAUAAUCAGCUGUUGGCGAAGUCACGAACUUAUCGCGAGACUACGUGAUAUCGCGAGAUGAGGUUCCUUCUGCUGCAGAUAUGCAAAGCUGCCUCUCGCGUGAGCCGGUGCGCGCUGCAGACGCGGUGAAAGCGGUCAAGCCCACAUCUCCAAACUGCAUCUGCCUGAUUUAGACUAGAUGAGAACACGAGACUGCAUAGGCUACUGUAUGCUCACGAGAGCGCGUACUUCUGCUAUUAUAGUUGUCAAACGAGUCCUCGCACGAAACAAGCUUGAUAUUUGCAGAUCAAAUGUUGAAGUGCUAAACUAAAGGGAAAUAUUUUGCACGAGGAUGAGAGUUUAGAGACGGCGUGUUUGUGAGAUCUCAGUGAUGGAGCAGGCAUCAGAGGAGGACAUGGAGAGCUCGUGGACUCUGCUUUCCUGGCUGGCCUCUUGCUUGAUGGUGUUUGGUGGUGCCGUGCCUUACAUCCCCCAGUACCAGGAGAUCCAGAGGACCAAUAAUGUUGAAGGAUUCUCCACAAGAGUCUGUCUGGUGCUGCUCAUUGCCAACAUACUGCGCAUUUUCUUCUGGGUAGGUAAGCAGUUUGAGAUGCCUUUGCUCCUGCAGAGUGUGGUAAUGAUUUUUACCAUGUUGGCAAUGCUGCAUUUAUGCUGUGCCAUUCAGUCCAGCAACCGUGUCACUACCAAACUACACCAUAUCACAGAUUUGGACUUCAGGUAUUUCUGGAGCUGGAGUUCAUUUGAAGACUAUCUAAUAUUCUGCUUCGCCUUCACAUUGCUGUGUGCAUUUAUAACAUUCUUCUUUUUGGACUGGGUUUUGUUUGUGGAGGCUCUGGGUUCUUUAGCUGUGAUGUUUGAAGCCAUGCUGGGCCUUCCUCAGCUCCUGCAGAACUACAACAACAGAUCCACUCGAGGCAUGAGUGUAAAGAUGGUGCUUUUAUGGACUGCUGGUGACAUCUUUAAGACAACGUACUUUGUGAUCAACGAAAGCCCUGUCCAGUUCGUGGUCUGUGGCGCAGUGCAGAUCAUGAUUGACAUUGCCAUUCUGCUCCAGGUGGGAUACUAUGGCCAGGACUCCAGAAUCAAACUGGGAUGAUGUUACAUUUAAACAAUCGUGAUGAUAUUCACCACUUUACAACAAGGACGUAUACAGUACAUUACUUGUGUACUACAAAACUAUGGACUGUUACUUUCAUUAGUGUUUUAAGUCUGACACCAUGACUCAAUUUAGAAUCUAUAUUUUUAUUAGAAGUUACAGUAUAUUAGCAGUGAGUUCAAUUUAAAAAUUAAUUGAGUCUUAAAUGACAAACAUGCACUUAAGCCGGGAUGAACUCAUAAUCCAAAUCACAUUAUCCCAACAUAAUUUGAGAACGCUGGAAAGAGCAUCGUCAUUUAUUGGAAAUGAGAAAAUCUGACCUUUUGUACUUGCUUAGUAACUGGGAAAUAGUGCAGAUAUGACAAUCACUCCCGAGUUUAAGGUUUUAGUUCGUAGUUUUAAAGAAAAAGUUAAAAAAAAUUUGAGAGCUGCUAGUUUUCAGUGCAAUUAAACUACUGGGAACCUAUGUGUGCCAAUGUGCCGAUCGCAUCUGCCAUAACCUAGAUUCAAUCUGAUAGCUUGUUUAUCAACAAUUUGGGGAUCUUUCUCAUUUAAAAGCACUAACACACUGUUACUUACAAGUAGGCUGUAUUUUAAACUGUCAGACUUUUAAAUCCAAUUAAGCCUUUGAGUCAAGACCAUUUGCUGAUGUAUGAUUUUAAUUACCUGAAUAUUUUACAGGAAAGGCAUGAAGGGUAUGCCAUAAAUGUAUAAUGUAAAACUGAUAUAUUAAGCUUGAUUCCAGUGCUAACAUAAAAAAACUGAUUAGUUGUGUUUUAUAAUUUACAUAGAUCAAUAGUGCCCUAUCAGAAAGUAAUUUUACGAGAAGAUUGUUCAAUCGCCUUAAGGUAGCAGCCAGUGCCCGAACAAGACUUUUAUAAAUGGGGUGGUCCAGGCUACUUUAUGUGUUUAUGUGUUACCCUGUAACAAAAAAGCAUGAAUGAAUCUCAUGAUUUCUGAUUACUUUACAUUACCCCACAUUAGAUUAAUAUUCCUGCAUGCAUUAUUACUAGCACAGAUGGGUGAUUCUCACGAAAUCCAGAUUUUAGAUGAUGUCCAACAUCAGAAUUUUUAAAAGCCCUUGAAGCCAUUUUUUUUUUUUGAACAUAUAAGAUUAAGGUCGAACUUACUAUAACCAUUAUUUUUAGAGGAUUUAGAAAAUAUUUCCUAUCGAAUUAUUUACCUUUUUUAGGUAAUCAUUAUCAAAAAUUAUCAUUACCGCAACAUGAUAUUACAUUAAAUAUAUGCAUUUACAAACUCGUGUUUCGGUAAUGAGAACUCAAAAGUUGUCUAGGUACUAUUUCAAAACAAAAUUUUAACUUUUAUAUGGAGAGAAAAAAUAAGAACUGCUUACCUGGUAGCCAUCUUGAGUGUCACAGUCAAUUAUGUCCCUUCCAACAUUUUUUUUUUCAAAUGUUAGUUCAUUAAGGGCUUAAACAAUGAUUGAAAAUUGUUGUGGAGGAUGAGAAAAUUAGUCUUGGACACAUUGAUAUUCCUUAUUAUUGUCUCUACAUUUACCAAUGAUCACCAAACACCACUUGUUUUUUUACUGUAAAUGUUUAUAGUAUAACAUGCACUGAAGCUUUUUAUUUUUUAGAUUUUUUAAUUAUAAAUAUUUCCAUGUCAAAGAACCCAAAUCCAUGGACACGUUGCGGUAAUGAAAAUGUUCCCCUUAAAUGUGGAAAAAACAACAAAAUUGGUUUGUAUGAUGUCAUUUGAAAUCGUGUGCAAAAUAGUACAUGAAGAGAUGUUUGUAACUGGAUGCUUCUUAUUUUUGAUACCCUUACUUUGCAUUAACUUUUUUAUCAAAAUGUUUCAUGACACCUCAUAAGUCUAAUUUCGCGAGAAUCACCCAGAUGUAAACAUAAUGUAAGGCUGAACUUAAAACUAACUUAUAUUUUCACAUCACAUCUGAUUUACUGUUAAUAAAGUAAAAGACCUCACUUUAACUGCCGUAACUUUCGUAAAAAUUCAGGAAAUCUAAACUGCAAACCUUAAACUUACUUCAAAUAGCAGAUCUAAACAAAGGAUUUUUGGCAAAAGGGUCAUUUAUUUAAAUAUUGAUUCAUCUCAAAGUUAUAGAAGUUAGUCUCUUCUUCUUUUUGUUAUUUAUAAUAAACUUUAAUGACAGAGACCUCAACAGGUAGGCUAGCCUACUGUUUUUUGGACAUAAGUAAAAUGUUUACAUUCAUUUAAGACAUACAGAAACCAAUUACUCACUAAGACAGCUAUUUUGAAAUAUGAGUAUUUGUCCGUUUAAGCCAAAAAAGACGCGAAUAUGAACUAAUUUUAAGCUCUGUGCACGCCCCGCCUGUGGGUGUGAAACGCGAUGCACGUCGCUUUUUCAAGUUCAAGGCUCCAGUGCAGUCCAACACAGUGAAUUUAAUAAUCAGUAGAAAGAUCACUUCACUAAUUUUUGUAAAAAUAAAAUAAAAGCUAGUCUAGGCUAUAUAAUAAAAUAUAAUAUAAGCAUAAACUUGAUUCAGUCCACAGAAUGACAAAUACUAGAUGUGAGAUGUGAAGGGGGGUCCAGUGCCACAUCGGACACCCCUCUGGGUCCGCCAAUGGUAACCCAAAUGCAAUGCAAUCUUACAAAUGGAGUGUUAUUUUUAUCCAACCUAUAAACUCACAGGAAACGUAUCUGUUUUGCAUGGUGGCAAUUUCUAGAACUGUUAGAUUAUCUUUAAAAAGCACGGAUGAAACUCCGCCCAUAGCCUUACUGUCAAUGCAUGGGCGAAAGCAGAGCAUACUAAAACGCACAAAUGAGAUUCAAACAAAUUAGACACUUUGUAAGGUAACCACAUAUUGCCAUGAGAUUGUGUCGUUUUAUAUAAAUAUAUAUCCAAAUAUAUCCAAGGUAUUGUGGAAAAUUUCAUUGGAAACAUCAUAUCGACACCUAUAAAGCCUAUGUUGUCCAUGACUAGUCCUAAACUGUUCAAAUAUUUAUCCAUUUACAUCACACCAAGAUAAAGGGCAGUCUAUCCACAAAUAUUUGGACUGUUUUCAUAUGAAAGGUAAUGAAGCUGGUGAUAAAGGUAGCUUGAAUGAUGGUGUAAUUCAUCAGUUCUGAUAAAUUCUCAUCAUAGAAUAGAUCCACUCCAUUAAGUUACUAUUCGCACAUGCACUAUACACUCUCAGAAAUAAAGGUACAUAAGUUGUCACUGGGACAGUGCCCUUUCAAAAAGGUACACUUUUGUACCCAAAGAGUUCAUAUUAGUACUUCAAAAGUACAUAUUGGUAGUACAAACAAUAAAUGGUACAUAUUAGGACCUUUUAAAAGGGUACUGCCCCAGUGACCGCUUUUGUACCUUUAUUUUUGACUGUUUGUAAUGUUUGUCGCUGCAAAGAAUAAGUCACUGUAGCUUUAAAUGCUUGUAAAAUGCCAAGCUACUCAGGGCGAUACAAAUGUGGCCUUUAAAAACCGGUUUUAGAUUCCAUCUUGGUCUAUGUUUGCCUUCUCUCUUUACCUUUUUGCUGGUGACUGCUUUAGCAUUUCUCUGGUUAUUAUGGAUGUCUUCAAAGCUAUAUAGUCUAUUAGCUGUGUGUUAUCUGCAUAGGCAUUUUAUUAGCUUUAGUUCUUAUUUUGACAGGGAUUUUAUACCAUUGUAUAUAAGGUAAAUCUUUGUUCUGCCAGGAAAUACAUCUGGCCACAGCAAAGAUUAAAACUACCAACAUAUUUUUUCACUGAAAAAACUAUGUACUGUAAGCCCUAUAUGUAUGGCCUUUAAAACACAAAAAAUAUUGAACUGUUUCACCUCAGAUGAUGUACUACAACUCAGGAGAUGACUUUGGGUAUUAGUUGUUUCUUUUAAAUAUCCAAUUCGUGUCUUUGGUGUCACUCUGAAAAUGCAUAUGCAUUUAUAUAUAUAUAUAUAUAUAUAUAUAUAUAUAUAUAUAUAUAUAUAUAUAUAUAUAUAUAUAUAUAUAUAUAUAUAUAUAGUAUUACAGAGCUAUAGAAUGAAUAGCAUGGUAUGGUAGCUUGACAAAUAUGAGCACAAUUUUAGACACCUUCUUAUAAACCUUAUAGAAUAAGCUCAAGGAUUCUUAAGCAAAAGUUCAGAUGUACUUAUUUACUUGUCAUUGUUUGUAAGAAACAUUUCAUUGCUUUUCUUUGGGACAAUUUAUUGCACUUGUACCCGUCUUAGACUUUCUUAAACCUUGGUCAAAUCUGUUAUCCUACAGAAAACUGGCAAAAAUUACUGUUACCUAUAGGCAUUCAUGUUGAUGAUGUAUCUUUCUUUUGUAUGUGUUUGGCAAUUUUCAGUUUUGUUGCACAUGCCUGGUAAACAACUUUGCAGGCUCAGUAAUUCUUUUGUCUUGAUAAGGAAAUUGCACUGAUGAGCAAGAUAAAGGUCUAUUAUGUGUUUAAUGUUGUGUAAUAAUGACCGUUUAAUGUUGCCUUAAUGGUCUGAACGUUUUGUCAUUUAAAUCGUGUGAAAAAAAUUUGACAUCAAAACAAGCGUUAUUACAUUAUUGUGCACAUUUUUAAAGAUAUCAAUAUCAGCCCAAUAUGCAGCCUGUAUUUUGGGAUUGUGUACAUGCGUUUGCUAGUAUAUCAUAUGUCAUGUAUGCAAAAAAAAAAAAAUGAGAAAAUGUUACUGAAUGACAGAAUUUGUGUUUUAUUGUAAAAGUAAUCUCUGUACUCUGUGUCUUAAUGUUUUUGUUUUUUAUUUAUUACCAUUAUUAUAAAACAGGAACCUACACUGAAACAAGAUGAUAUUUCCUGCACAUAUUGCUUGUUCGAUACAUCAGACUUAAUAUUUACCCAAUCGUUUGGAUUUGCAAAGGUCCAGCAACAUAUUUCAUUUAUAUAACAUCUAUUGCAUGAUUGCACAUUUCAAAUUAAAUGUAAAUUGCUUGUGUGACCAGUGUAGUGGGGUGUAAAAUUGAAAACCAGUAUUCCAUCCAUUCAUGAUUUUGCACAUUGGGUGUAAGGCAGGUGUCAGUUUUGAAUAAUAAAGAGACUUUCAAUGAUCACAAAGUGUUAAACUGUGCCGUUCUGACCCACGGGCCUGAAUCUGAACUCGGUGGCUUUACAUACAUUGGGUUUCAGCAGUGGAAAGGUGUCAGUAUGAAAUAUUUAAGGCUGCAGGGAGAACCUAUGAGAGACUAAGCCUGCUUGGAUACCUGUAUCUCUCCAUUAAUCGAAAACAUUAAUGAUACAGUAUGGUACAGGAUGUCACAUGAAAGACUGCGGGGUCAUGGUGUCCCUGCUUGACCCUUAUGAUGGGGGCUAUUUGGGUGAGCGGUAAAGCAGCCUGAUGCAGGAACAGGGAAAGAGGGAUUAUCGCAUUUGCUCACAUUUAUCUCCUAUUUCCAUUAAAAUGAUGAAAGCCGUUGAUU